AUGGCGGGAGAGGAGGCCGGGAGGAGGGGGAUUCCCUCUCUCCUCAACCCGUCGUCCGCUUGCAGCGAAGGGCAGCAGGAGCACAUCGCCUCUGAUGUCACGCAGCUCAUCGGCUGGACACCUCUGAUCGAGCUCAAGCGAAUUGCCGGCAAGGAAGGGGUAGAUGCCCGGAUCGUCGGCAAGGUCGAGGCGUACCAGCCACUCUGCUCCGUCAAGGAUCGCAGCGCUUUGAGAAUGAUUGAAGAUGCAGAGGAGAGGGGGUUGAUUUCACCCGGUGUCACAACACUUGUUGAGCCGACAAGCGGCAACAUGGGGUUAGGAUUAGUACUCAUUGCUCUUCGCAAAGGUUACAGGUUCGUUGCAGUUAUGCCAGGUCAAUACUCGCUCGAUAAGCAGAUCCUGUUGAGAUACAUGGGUGCAGAGUUGUAUUUAACAGAUCCAGCCCUUGGAUUCCCGGGCAUAGAUGCUAAGGUUGAGGAGCUCAAAAAAGAAUUGCCCAAUGUACAUGUUCUUGAUCAAUUCAAGAACAAAGCAAAUCCUGAAGCACAUAUUAGAUGGACUGGACCUGAGAUUUGGAAGGACACUGCUGGCAAGGUGGACAUAUUUGUAGCUGGUUCAGGAUCAGGAGGUACAGUAUCUGGUGUUGGGAAGUAUCUGAAGAUGCAGAACCCCAGUAUCAAGAUCAUCUGUGUUGAGCCUGCAGAGAGUCCAGUUGUUUCAGGUGGCGAACCAGGCAAACACAAAAUCCAGGGAAUAGGACCAGGAUUUCUACCUGAAGUACUGGACACCUCAGUUAUUGAUGAGGCUGUCACAGUGACCACUGAUGAGGCGAUGGUGCACGCUAGGAGGCUGGCCAGGGAAGAGGGCCUUCUUGUGGGCAUAUCAUCUGGAGCGAACUUGGCUGCUUGCUUGAAGGUCGCAUCGAGAGAAGAAAACAAGGGGAAGAUGAUUGUCACCAUGUUUCCAAGUGGGGGUGAGAGAUACAUGAACUCUGACCUGUUUGCCGCUGCUAGAGAGGAGUGUAUUGCCAUGACAUUUUGA